UAUCAAGAAUUGAAUGAUGUAUUCUAAAAACCUGUCAAAACAAAGAUCAAUCGUAUUGUUAUCAUUAUGUUUCAUGCUGUUAUGUCUUCGAACAAAAUAUACAUUAGCCUGUGAGAAAGUAAAAAGACUUACAUCUGAGAACGGGACGCUGUUAUCGGCAGAAAAUCUGGGGCAUUUUAUGGGUCCUACGACCUGUAUUUGGGAAAUCGAAGUCCCUAAAGGCUUUCGAAUCGAGCUGAGAAUCCGUGUAUUCGAGAUCGAGACAUCAUGUUGUGUUUGCAAGGAGGAUUAUGUGGAAUUUUACGAUGGUUUGAAAUCGACCUCACGUCACAUAGGUCGAUAUUGUUCAAAUAACAAACCUAUAAACAUUUACUCUUCCAAAAACGUUCUCAGAGUAAAGUAUUAUUCUUCUACCAGCAACGUACGUGAAAAUCUUACUACGGUCAACAAAUUCAGAGCGGAUUAUCACGCAGUAUGUGGCCAGUAUUUCCAAGGGACCUAUGGAAAGAUCGCUACUUCAGCUUAUCCAAACUUUUCUAAUGUUAAUCGUUACCUUUUUACGAUUGAGGUACCUUAUGGGUAUGUUAAAUUGACAUUUACAAAUUUCACUGUUGGAAGGUCCCAGGUCUACUCAGAAAUGUGUUUUACAGACUUUAUCAUCGUCAAAGAAAUGGCUCUUGUGGAGCUUAAAAACACUCGUCAUGGUCCGGAGCGAUUGUGUGGGCAGUUAAAGUCUCCUUAUGUGUUCUCUAGGGGGCGAGAACUGUCCUUGCUUUGCCAAUCUUCAUCAGUACUCAAAUUUGAUUUUGCUGCAGAAUUUGAAGCUGCAAACAAAAGCAUAACACCAUGUGGGGGAUUCCUUAGAAACAAUGUUGGUUAUAUUUAUUCCUAUGGUUACCCAUUUCCGUAUCCUAAAAGAGCUGAGUGCACCUGGAAGAUUGAAGUCCAACGUGGUUAUAUCAAAUUGAAAUACCUUGAGUUUAAUUUCACAACUGGAAGUGGGGCAGGUUGUAUGAAUGGACAAGUAGAAGUGUAUGAUGGCUGGGUCAGUAAUGCUGUAAAAAUUAGAAGUGACUGCCGUCAAAUUGUUAAAAGGAUUUCACUGACUUCCCGGACAAACCGACUUAUGAUUAAGGCAGUGUCAAAAGAAUUGGAACCUGGAACAUUUCUUUUCAGUUACAGACAAGUUGAUCAAGGUGUAUGCUUGGAUGAAGAAUUUACAUGCAAUAGUCGUGAGUGCAUAAACCAAGACGCUGUUUGUGAUGGUACACAGAACUGCUUGAAUGGUAGUGAUGAACUAAAUUGUCCUAAGAAGAAAUGCAGCAAAGCUUUAUAUGCCCUUUGGGUGCUGAUUGCAUUUAUUGCAUCAAUUGUCAUGGUUGUCUGGUUAUGGAGAACCUGGCGAAAAGCAGUUUAUCGCUCAGUUCACAUUCAAAGAGAACCAAGUGAGCCUUGUCUUGAAGAUGAUGAUUAUGCAUGUCAGGUUCCUUCUCAAACUGGUGCCCCACCAACAUAUAAUGAAGCUUUGAAUCAUGCUCCAACUAGUUUACCAAGAUAUGAAGAAGCUUUGCUUAAUGAUGAUGAUGAGGAGGAAGUAACAUUAGAGCAAGGAGAUACAGCAAGAUUCCUUGCCAGUUCACUCAGUUCUAACCAGCGUUUGUUACCAACAUGUGAAUCACAAAGAACACAAAGACCUAUUAUGACAAUUCGGCAAAAUCAUCUUGGAAUUGUAUAAAACAAUAAUGUAC